AGCCCUGACUGGAUGUUUUCUAAGCGCGAACUUCUUCGUGAACACUAUGGCCUUAAUUGCGAGCCUUGGUUCACUGUUCAGUCAAGAUGAUAUCGCAUUUCCACAGUCAUCAUUUUUUGGUCUGUGCGAGCGACCCGAGACUUUCUCUCUAUACCAAACGUGUUUAUGUCAAGCUGUCUAAAAGAACCUAAUCUGCUAUCAGUGUCCGCUCAAAGCGAAUUCGAUUAGAAGUUUCUUUCAUCAGCCGGCACGUUCUUCCAUGAGCGGCUGAGCGUUUCUUGAUAGCGAUAGACAUGAUUCCAUACCUGACCGCAAAUUGGGUAACUGUGAAAGACGCUGACUGUCUAAAACAUAUAUAUAAGAAGCCUUGGCUCAGCUUGCCCAACUGGGAUUUGUGCUGUCAUAAGCAUUAGACACCGCUUUGCAUGAUGUUCUACAGUGGGAUACUCUCAGUCCUACUUGGGCCGAUCGUCCUCUUGCUGAUCUUCAUUUGGAGACGCAAAAUCGGUCUUCGAGAGAACGGAUUACCACCAGGUCCCACGACUAUACCUUUAUUGGGCAAUAUCCACCAGUUACCUACUCGAUAUCCUCACGUCAAAUAUACUUCAUGGGCAAGGCGAUAUGGGAAAAUAUUCUCACUCAAAAUUGCACACGGAACUGCCAUCGUCAUCACAAGCCCAAGCAUCAUUCGUGAUUUCAUGGACAAACGGAGCUCCUCGACUGCCCAUAGACCGCCUAUGAAAAUUGUUGACCUCGUCACUGAUGGCUGUCAUCCGGCUCUGACAGACGGGCCGGUUUGGAAAAACAUGCGGAAGGCCAUGCAGUUAUUCUUAACUCGUGAAGCUUGUGCAAGACAUUUGACUGUUCAACGCGCAGAGUGCAUUCAAUUGAUGUAUGAUACACUGAAACAACCUGAGGGACUCUUAGUUCACAUCAAGCGUCAGACUAUCUCCAUCAUCCUGUCCACAGUAUUUGGCGUACGAAGCCCACGGUUUGAGAACAGCAUCGCCUCACAAUUUGUUGAAGGCAACAGUUUAUGGGAGCGAAUACUCGAGCCUGGUGCUACACCACCCUUGGAUCUUUUGCCCAUCUUGCAGUACAUCCCGGAAUUCUUGGCGCCAUGGAAAGCCGGCUGUCGUGAAAUUCGAAAUAGACAGCAAAAUCUCUAUUUUGGUCUGCGAGACAUGUGCGCCAAACGAAUGAAAGAUGGCAGACGAAAUGGAUGCUUCCUUGAAGAUAUCAUCGAUCUUCAAGAGAAAUGGGGCAUUGAUUCCGCAACGGUGGGCUACAUCGGCGGAGGCUGCCUCGAAGGCGGAUCCGGCAAUACAUCAUCGUUCCUCCAAACUGCCAUGCUCUUACUGGCUUGUCAUCCCCACGUGCAGGAAAAGGCGCAGAAGGAAUUGGAUGACGUUAUUGGAAAAGAUAGACUCCCUUCCUCAGAGGACUAUGAGAAGCUUCCUUACGUACGGGCGAUUAUCAGGGAGACUUUCCGUUUCUUCCCUCCCGUUCCUCUCGGACUUCCGCACAGUUCUACAACCGACGAAACGGUUGAAGGGUUUUACAUUCCCAAAGGGUCGAUUAUCUUCAUGAACUACUACGGCAUUUACCAUGAUCCCGACCUCUUCGACUUACCGGAGCGCUUCAUCCCUGAGCGAUUCUUAACAUCGGAAUUCGGGACCAAGCAGGGCGUUGAUGCCACCGGGCUUAGACAUGAUUUACAUUUCGGCAGUGGAAGACGCAUUUGUCCCGGUAUCGUUUUCGCUAUGCAAUCCAUUGAAAUGAAUAUCAUGAGCCUACUUUGGGCGUUCAAUUUGAAGAUUGCUACGGACACCCCUCGUGAUGCCGAAAUCCCAAUUCAGUUCAAUGACUUCACACCAGGCAUUGCUUCAGGACCAAAGCCUUUCGCAUGCGAUGUGCAUCCGCGAAGCCAGGCACAUGCUGAUAUCAUUCGAGCUGAGUAUGCUCAAGCCAGAUCAGUUUUCAGCAUGUUCGAGCAAGAACUGACACCUGACGAGCGCGCUUUCGUAUCUGAAUGGUGAUUUUUCAUGUUUCCGGACAUCUAUGAUUUGCAUGACUCAUUUCUGUACAGUAAUGACUUCCGAAUAUCUCGGCCUCGCAUUAGCAACGAUAAAGUUCGGCGGUAGGGCCAAGGCGCUCUUUGGAACCAUUUCCGAUAUUGCAGCUAUUUGUGGAGCGAUAGGCCACUUUACAAGAAAACCCAGCACAGAGG